GAAGGAAAAAAAAAAAAAUAAGCACAGCAUAAAAUGGAUGCGGUAUUGAACAGAGUUUAAUAUCUCUACUUUAAUAUGUCAUUUAGUUAUUUUUCUGCAUUGCCCAUUUAAACCUUUUAAGAUGGGCAGAAGAGAUAAAGGAGAUAAAGAAAAGAAAUCCAAGAAACGUUAUUAUGAGGAGGAAGACGAUGAGGAUGAGGUGACGGCCAGUGAGCCCCAGGAGGCUGUACCGGCUGCUGCAGGAAAACAGGUGGAUGAGUCCGGAACAAAGCUCGACGAGUAUGGAGCCAAAGACUACCGUGUUCAGAUGCAGCUCAAGAAAGACCAUUCUUCACGCCCCCUCUGGGUGGCUCCAGAUGGGCACAUCUUUCUAGAAGCGUUCUCUCCUGUGUAUAAGUAUGCUCAGGAUUUCCUAGUGGCCAUUGCAGAGCCUGUCUGCAGGCCUAACCACGUCCAUGAGUACAAGCUGACGGCGUACUCGCUCUAUGCAGCCGUCAGUGUGGGCCUGCAGACAUCGGAUAUCGUCGAGUACCUGCAGAAACUAAGCAAGACAUCUGUACCUGAUGGCAUUGUACAGUUUAUUAAACUUUGCACUGUGAGCUAUGGGAAAGUCAAGCUUGUGCUCAAGCACAACAGGUACUUUGUAGAAAGCGCGUUCCCUGAUGUCAUUCAGAAUCUCCUGCAGGACAACGUGAUUCGUGAAUGUCGCCUGCGAAGUGCCGACGGAUCGGACCCUGAGCUCAUUACUGAAGUCAUCCACAGCAAGUCUGCGAUUUCUAAGGGUGUCCAGGACAAAGGUGGUGCCUCCACCUCACAGCAGCCAGGCGAUGGACAAGCUUUAACCCAACAGGUCCCAGAGGACAUCUUCAGCUACUAUGAACAGAUGGACAAGGAGGAAGAGGAGGAGGAAGAGACUCAGACUGUGUCUUUUGAAAUUCGACAGGAAAUGAUAGAGGAGCUGCAGAAGCGUUGCAUUCAGCUUGAGUACCCUCUCCUAGCCGAGUAUGACUUUCGAAACGACACAGUUAACCCUGACAUCAACAUUGACCUCAAGCCCACUGCGGUGCUGCGGCCCUACCAGGAAAAAAGUCUGCGCAAGAUGUUUGGAAAUGGCCGUGCAAGAUCGGGCGUCAUAGUGCUGCCUUGCGGAGCUGGCAAGUCUCUGGUGGGUGUGACCGCUGCAUGCACAGUGCGUAAACGCUGCCUUGUGCUGGGAAACUCCUCGGUGUCCGUGGAGCAGUGGAAAGCGCAGUUCAAAAUGUGGUCCACCAUCGACGACUCUCAGAUCUGCCGCUUCACCUCCGAUGCCAAGGACAAGCCUAUUGGCUGCUCAGUGGCAAUCAGUACCUACUCCAUGCUGGGUCACACCACCAAGCGAUCCUGGGAGGCUGAGAAGGUCAUGGAGUGGAUGCGCACACAGGAGUGGGGACUUAUGAUCCUGGAUGAGGUUCAUACCAUCCCAGCAAAAAUGUUUCGACGGGUCUUAACUAUUGUCCAAGCCCACUGCAAACUAGGGCUCACCGCCACACUGGUCAGGGAAGACGACAAGAUUGUGGAUCUUAACUUCCUAAUUGGUCCUAAGCUGUAUGAAGCUAACUGGAUGGAGCUGCAGAACAAUGGUUACAUUGCAAAAGUCCAGUGUGCAGAGGUCUGGUGCCCCAUGUCUCCAGAGUUUUACAGAGAGUAUGUGGCCAUUAAGACGAAGAAGCGCAUUCUGCUCUACACCAUGAACCCCAAUAAGUUUCGGGCCUGCCAGUUCCUCAUCCGUUUCCACGAGCGACGCAAUGACAAGAUUAUCGUCUUUGCCGACAAUGUCUUUGCUUUGAAGGAAUAUGCCAUCCGUCUCAACAAGCCUUUCAUCUAUGGACCCACCUCUCAGGGAGAACGAAUGCAGAUUUUGCAAAAUUUUAAGCACAAUCCAAAGAUAAACACCAUUUUCAUCUCCAAGGUUGGAGACACUUCCUUCGACUUGCCAGAAGCCAAUGUUCUGAUCCAGAUCUCUUCCCAUGGUGGAUCGCGUAGACAGGAGGCACAGAGACUUGGUAGAGUCUUAAGAGCCAAGAAAGGAAUGGUGGCUGAGGAGUACAACGCCUACUUUUAUUCCCUGGUGUCCCAGGACACCCAGGAGAUGGCUUAUUCCACUAAGAGGCAGAGGUUCCUUGUUGACCAGGGAUACAGUUUUAAGGUUAUCACAAAGCUUGCAGGUAUGGAGGAAGAGAAUCUGAUGUUCUCCACCAGAGAAGAACAGCAGCAGCUGCUUCAGAAGGUGUUGGCUGCUUCAGACCUGGAUGCUGAGGAGGAAGUUGUGGCAGGCGAAGUGGGAGUCCGACCACAGUUCUCCAGGCGAGCUGGCACCAUGAGCUCCAUGUCAGGCGCAGAUGACACAGUCUAUAUGGAAUAUCAAAGCCGGGGAAACAAAGCCUCUGCAGUAGGCAAGAGCGUUCACCCGCUAUUCAAACGCUUCAGAAAGUAGAUCCAGUGAAACCUGACACCUGAAGACCUGCUCUGUUGUCAUGGGACACGAAAAAGCAACAAUGGAUUUGCUGGUUCAGAGAACCCAUCUGGUCAGGCGAACAUGAGAGACUUGAGUUUCAAGGCUUUUGAAGAAAAGAGAUUUCUGAAUCUAUGAGGAGACCAGGGUGGCCAAUUAAAUAUGUUGUAACUGUUUUCGUCACUUGACUGAAAAGCAUUUUUUUAAUGUUUUUUGUACAUUUUGCUUCAAAGCUCAAACUGCUUGUUCAUAUCUCUGUACUGGAGAAUAAAAAACUUCCACUUUAUAGGUUCAAAUUAAUUGUAGGUUGUCCAUAAAAGCCCUUAAUAAAUGACUCAUCCAAUUAUUAAAUUAUUU